AUUCAAGGCAAGACAGAGAAGAAGAAAAAAAAACAGCUAAGCAGCGGCGAUGGCGAACGGCGGCAUGACGACGACGAAGAAGGAGUUCGGCGCGACCCACGACGUGCUCCGCUUCGGCGUCAACGACAGCGUCAGGGGCGACCUCGCGCCGCCGCACCCGCUCCAGGCCACCCUCCAAUCGGAGGGCAAGUUCUGGGACGACAAGAAGAAGUUCGGGGCGGAGGCCAUCUACGGAUCCGCCUUCAACAUCCGCAGGGAUCUCGACGCCCAAAUCCUCUCCAGGUUCCAGAGGCCCCCAGGUGCGUUGCCAUCAUCUAUGCUAGGUUAUGAGGCAAUGACAGGUUCCUUGGAUGAUUUUGGAUUUGAAGAUUAUCUUAACAUGCCCCAAGACUCCGACAGCCUCCGUAUACCGGACAUGCACCAUGGGAUGGAGGUUCGCCUUGGCCUGUCAAAGGGACCUGUCUGCCCUAGUUUCAAUUGAUUCCACCCAUGUAUGUGAUACAUUGUGCUCCUCAUCCAGCAUCUAUACCGGUCAUUGGUGAAACGUGAGAACUAAUGGGUAUUGCAUCAGUUUGAAUUUUUCAACAUUGAUUGUAUGUCAUUUGUGUUCGAAGUUGGACCGCUAAUAGUGCUUGGUGCUUUGUUUCUGGGUAUUUAACAUAGUUGGACUGUUUUCAUGA